AUGGUGGAAAAUGAAGCCGAUACACAUACGACGGACAAGGCCUAUGAUAGUGAUGAAAAGGAGACCGAGUUUAACUGGAGCAGUCACACCCAAGGGCUCCUCCUGGCCGCCUUCUUCAUCGGGUAUACCUUAGGUAACAUUCCAGCGGGAUGGCUUGCAGACAAGCUAGGAGGAAAGUGGAUCAUUUUUGGUGGGGCCUGUGGAAGCGCCAUUUUGAAUGCCUUGGGACCGCUAGCGGCUCGAUCCAGCGUUGCACUCUUCUUCGCAACACGUUUUCUGGCCGGUAUUUCAGAGGGUUUCAUCUUUCCGGCUGUUAACACCAUGGUGAAUAAUUGGUCACCAGUCAACGAGAGAACGCGAAUGAUGACAUUUAUUGUAGCAGGGAUGGCCUUUGGACCUGCCAUUGGUCAGUCACUUUCUGGAAUAAUCUGUGCUAACCUUGGAUGGCCCGCCAGCUUCUACUUUUUCGGCGGUCUUACCAUCACAUGGGCCUUUUUCUGGGCAGUAACGACGAAUGAGGAUCCUAGUCGACAUCCAUUCAUUACGAGAAAAGAACGGGUCUAUAUCGAGACAAGAAGAUCCAAAAGAUCGGGUACGAAGAAGGUGCCUAUCCGGUCCAUCUUACUCUCGUUACCGUGCAUCGCCUUCUGCGUAGUCCUGUUCGGCAUUCCUGGUUUUGUUUACUUCUGCUUAGCAUGCAGUCUCCCUAUCUAUUUCAAACACGUA